GUCUAUUUUAUGUUUUUAUUACCACUCCAGCUCAACUCCAUGUCCAACGCCGAUUGUUUGUUGUAAACCUCAAAUCCUUAAUUUGGGCAAUGGAAUGUAAUAUAAUAAGGAAUCUAGCAGUCUUCACAUAUCUAUCACUUGUCUGUAAUUCAAUGUCAAUUUCAGAUCUUCCCCAAGAAACCAGCGUUCUUCUUCAAUGCCUUUCCAACCAUUCUGUCGCCUCCAUACCCAUCUCUUCCGUCACUUACUUCCCCACCCAUCCUUCCUACCCGUCAAUUUUACAAUCGUACAUCAGAAAUCUUAGAUUCAGCUCUUCCGCAACCCCUAAGCCUCUAUUCCUUGUGCUUCCCUCCCAUGUCUCUCACAUCCAGGCGUCAAUCAUUUGCUGCAAAAUUCAUGGCUUGGAAAUGAGAAUUCGCAGCGGUGGACACGAUUAUGAUGGCCUUUCUUAUGUAUCAACAGCUUCUUUUAUGAUCCUUGACAUGUCCAAUCUUCGAUCUAUAAGCGUCAACAUAGAGGAUCAAAGUGCUUGGGUUGAGUCUGGUGCCACAUUGGGUGAACUUUUCUAUGCAAUUGCUCAAAAGAGUAAGAUCCAUGGCUUCCCAGCUGGAGUUUGUCCUACAGUAGGUAUCGGUGGUCAUUUCAGUGGAGGCGGUUAUGGUAACAUGAUGAGAAAAUAUGGCUUGUCUACUGAUAAUAUUGUUGAUGCAAAGCUAGUCGAUGCUGCUGGCAGAGUUUUGGAUAGAGAGUCAAUGGGAGAGGAUCUGUUUUGGGCCAUCAGAGGAGGUGGUGGAGCUAGCUUUGGAGUCAUUCUUUCGUGGAAAAUCAAGUUAGUUUCUGUCCCAGAAGUUGUUACUGUUUUUAGAGUGGAAAAAACAUUAGAACAAGGUGCAACAGAUAUUGUUGAUAAAUGGCAAUAUAUUGCAGAUAAAAUAGAUGAGAAUCUGUUCAUUAGAGUGGUAUUGCUAACAGUUACUAAAAUGCGUCUGCAGUCCAUUAAAGCUAAAUUCAACGCGUUGUUUCUUGGAAAUGCUGAAAAACUUGUUUCGCUAAUGAAUGGAAGAUUUCCCGAAUUGGGUUUAUCGCCUGAGAUGUGUAUUGAAAUGAGCUGGAUUGAGUCAGUCCUGUUUUGGUCUAAUUAUCCAAAGGGAACAUCCUUGGAGGUUUUGCUCAAUCGACAACCUAAACCAGAAAAGUACUUGAAGAAGAAAUCAGACUAUGUGCAGGAGCCAAUUUCCAAGAAGAAUCUUGAAGGGAUUUGGAAGAAAAUGAUUGAACUAGGAAGACCAGCGUUGACCUUGAAUCCUUAUGGUGGGAAAAUGAGUGAGAUUUCAGAGUCAGAAACUCCAUUUCCUCACAGAGCAGGGAACAUAUACAAAAUCCAAUACUCAGUGACUUGGAAAGAGCGUGAAGUCGAGGCUUUAGAUCCGAUUGCAAGGCUUUAUGAUUAUAUGACACCUUAUGUAUCAAAAUCUCCCAGGAGCUCGUAUCUGAACUACAGAGAUGUGGACAUAGGGAUCAAUGAAAUUGGCAAUGCAAGCUACUCAGAGGCUGAGAUAUGGGGAAGAAAGUAUUUCAAGGGAAAUUUUGACAGACUGGUACAAGUAAAAAGUAUGGUUGAUGCAGGCAACUUUUUUAGAUAUGAGCAAAGCAUUCCAUCUCUUGCAUCCUGGAAGAGUAGUAGAAUGGCAGAAUAGAAAUGAGUUCAAAUGGAGUAUAUGCUAGUUGCUUGAGCAUACAGCAGCAUUCAGACAUGCUCUGGAUGGGAGACAAGACGAGUACUGGGUGGGUUGAGGAUUGCUCAGACUUUCUACAAGUGAUGAUAAUAAUUGAUUCUGAUUGUACUUCUUUUUAAUUAAUUA